AUGGCCCAUCGGGAUCGUAAGUUACAAGCGCCGAAAGUCCCAAACGCUUGGAGACUUCCGGCGCCGCCGCCGCCCAUGCAACCCGGCCAAAAGAAAACACCGGCCCCAAGUAACCGAUUGUCGGAGGAACGCCUGGGUGGUUCCAAGAUUCCGCAACCCUCGAAACUUUCCCCGUCGGCGGGUGGUAAGCAAAAGACCGCCCAGGAGAAGUUUAAUCAAGUUCAGCGCGAGCACAUGGAAAAGGCGCGGCUCUACACGAAGGAGUAUAUCUCGAGCGAGGAAGAGAGCGACGAUGACGGUGGUACGGUCGGUACCGAUGCGGCCACGCAAAACAUUCUCGGCGAGGUGUUGAAAAACUAUCACGGAGCAGACUCGGACAUGGGCCGAACGCAGGAAUAUCUCCAGAGCCUACUCGAAUCACGCAACGCCGUUUGCUUGAUCUGCAUCGAGAGCGUCAAGCGAGCGGAUAAGAUUUGGUCGUGCCACGCGUGCUACACGUUUUUCCACCUCAUGUGCAUCCAACGGUGGGCCAACGAUAGCAUCUCGAUGAAGCGCAUCAACCACGAGCAGCAGGAAGGCUACUACAACAACCGGGGCGAGUACGUGCCGAAGCCGGUCCUCUCGGUGCACUGGGAUUGCCCAAAGUGUCGCAAAGAGUACGAACCGGUCGCCAUUCCGCGUCACUACGAGUGUUUCUGCGGCAAGGAACGGGAUCCGAGUCAGCAUCCGUGGCUCAUACCACAUUCGUGUGGGGAACCGUGCGGCAAGCAGCUGAAACCCGCCUGUGGUCACCACUGCCGGUUGCUGUGCCACCCGGGGCCAUGCCCCCCGUGUCCGCAGACCAUCAAUGUAUCGUGCCGAUGCGCGAAAUCGGCUCCGAAAACUAUCCGAUGUUCACAGCAAUCUUGGACCUGCACACUGAAGUGCCCCCGGAAGCUUGGCUGUGGAAUUCACGGGUGCGGGCAACUUUGCCACCCAAUCGGCGACUGUCCUCCGUGUAAAAAUCGCAGCCAACAGCCGUGUCUGUGUGGGGCCGCGACAAAGGAGGUCAAUUGCUACGAAUCCCGCUGGCAGUGCGGCAAGAUUUGUGGCCGACCAUUCGCCUGCCAGUUGCACCGUUGUGAGCGAAGCUGUCACGAGGGCGGCUGUGGUGAUUGUCCGCUGGGUUUGCCACGUUCCUGUCCGUGCGGCCGGAUGCAAACGCAAGCCGCGUGCUCGGAACGGAUUGGAACUUGUGGCGAUACCUGCCAGAAGGUACUGGUGUGCGGUGUCCAUCGCUGUGCCGACCGGUGCCACGAAGGUGACUGCGGAACGUGCCUCGAGUUGGUGCAGAAAACGUGCCGCUGCGGGCUGCUGACCAAGGAGAUGCCCUGCGCCAAGGAAGCGACAUGCGAAACGAAGUGCAAGAAGCUGCGCAGCUGCGGGAAGCACCCGUGCAAUCGGAAAUGCUGCGAUGGGAACUGCCCCGAGUGUGACAAAGUUUGCGGCAAGACGCUGGCCUGCGGAAAACACAAAUGUUCCUCCUGCUGCCAUCACGGCCCGUGCUAUCCGUGUAACCAACGGUCGGCCAUCAAGUGCCGGUGCGGCGGAACGGCCACCGAAGUGCCGUGUGGCCGCGAGAAACGAACCAGCGCACCGAAAUGCAGACUGCCGUGUCGUAUUCCGUCCAAGUGCCACCAUCAAAAUCCGCACCCAUGCCACACCGGUGACUGUCCUCCGUGUAGCAAACCGUGCGGUGAGCCAAACGAUACCACCAAGUGUGAGCAUCCGUGCGGCGCAAAGUGUCACGACGCGGUCACGGUGGUGACUAAGGACCGAAACUUCAAACCCAUCGGCCCGUGGGAUGUGGCGCAGGAGAUUGUGGAGAUCAAGGCGCUGCCUCACCCGGCGUGCGACGUCAAGGUUCCGGUGAUGUGUCUCGGUGGCCACGAGACAGCGGACUGGCCAUGCUCGAACUCGAAACCGGCUUCCUGCGGGAGACCUUGCGCACGGCUGCUCAAGUGCGGCAUGCACCGGUGCGUGUUGCCGUGCCACAAGGUCACGCAUCGCGCCAGCACCACGCAAGACUCCCGCUGUGAACCGUGCGCCGCAGGUUGUGAAAUUCCGCGCCCGGUCGGGUGUUUGCAUCCGUGCAAAAGGCGAUGCCACGAGCCGCCCUGCCAGCCGUGUUCCGUUUCCAUCAAAGACAAGUGCUACUGCGGCCUUACGCAAGUGUUCUACACUUGCACCGAGUUUUAUCCGCCCGAUCUGGACGAUGAAAAGGAGGAGAAUAUGGCGGAGGAACUGAAGCGGCGUCGGAUCUCCGUACUAAGUUGCGGCCAGAAGUGCAUCAAGAACCUUCCUUGUGGCCAUCGCUGUUCGGCCACCUGCCAUCCGGGACGCUGUCCGAAUCCGGAGCUUUGCACGAAGAAGGUAAAAGUCACCUGCAAAUGCUCCCUGCGGAAGUCGGAAGUGGCGUGUAAUGUCGCCAAAGACACUGGUCCUCUGGAAUGUGACGCCGCUUGCGAAGCCGCACGGGCAAAGAAGCAGCAAGAGGAGGAACUGAAGGAAAACGAACGCCGGACACGGGAGGAGCUGGAGAACCAAAAGGAGCUGGAAGAAUACGAACGCAAGUUUGCCCGCCGGAAGCACCGGGAGCGGAAACGCCACGAGGUGAAGGAGGAAGAGGGGCGCAAUCCGUGGCUGUUGUACGUGUUGCCGGCGGCCAUCGUCGUGGUGGGAAUCGUCAUGUACUUUGUGUUGAUUCAAUAAAUUUUCUGUUUUUGUGUGGUCUUGGUUUGUCCCGGGGUUCGCAUGGGAUUCAUUUGGCGCAGUUCGGUAUUUAG